AAUUUGUAGCUGUAUGAAAGUGUACACAAAGUCAUUAAAUGCCUAACUUUCUUAAUAAAACAGUGGAAGUUUAAUGGAGUAUGUAAAAUGAGUGAUAAAUGGAUAGCUGAUUAUUCCAAUUUCAAAUGGACAAACUCCGAACAGAGUCUAUUUGUUAUUUUGAACAACAAUACCUUCACUCUUUACUCUAUUCCUGAUAGUCAAAAUUGUGGUCUUAGAAAGCAAGAUGUUGAACUUUCAGAAUCAUAUGGCACUCUUGUUCAGAAGGCGAUAUACCCAUGUGACACCCACCACAGGAAAAUAUAUAAGAAUUUCAUCGUCCAUCCCUAUAAAGUUGGAGAGAUAAUAACCUCUUGCCAGCAAAAGCUGUAUCAGAUUGAUAUUGAUAAAGGAGAAUCAAAGGAUAUUCUUAACUUAAGCACUGACAGGAGGCAAGCCGUGAAAAGAAUCAAUCUUUUGGACUGGAACAAGAAGUGUAUAGAGAACAUUGCAUUAUCUAUUGAGAAAUUCAGAACAGCAAAGAGUAUCCUCAUAACUGAUAUAAACAAAGCAACUGUUAUUCAAGAGUUUGGUAGUGAAGGUGAAGGAGUUCAGUCAAUGGCUUGGUCUCCUCAUAGUGCAGAUAUUCUAGUAGCAGGAACCAGCAAAAAGAGACUAGAACUAUUCGACAUGAGAGGAAAAUCAAAAGAUUCAGGCAGAAGAACCAACAAUGACAUACAGGAAAUAGACGGUGCUUGCUUCUCCCCUAGAUACGAGCACAUUCUAGCCUCACACUCUGACGAAUAUGUUAAGAUAUGGGACAGCCGGUAUUUAAAGACAGCAAGCCCGGUUUACAGUGUAAAAAGUCCAACAGCCGACAUCUGUAAAAUAGAAUGGAGCCCUACUCACCCCACUAGACUGAGCUACAUAACAAAAGGUGGAAAACACAUUCAAAUAAGAGAUUUCCCAGCCAACACUCUGGAGAAAUCAGAUGGUGAGCAAGCUGAGUUUACUGGGGUUCAUGAUCAGGAACCUCAACACAAACAAAAAGGAGCCCCUGAAAUGCUGAGUUCGACGAUUUCCAACUUUUCGUGGCAUCCUAAAGUUUCUAAUAGGAUUUUGUGCUGCAAGAAAACCAAUGAUGAUGCUGGUGUCCCUAUAUAUAAACUCUACGACAUAGCGCUGUACGAGCCAAUAAUCGCCAAGUUCUCACCCUCUGAUAACCUAGUUUGGGGUUGUUCAGGCACGCUUGCAGACUGUUCUGUUGGUAGUCAGGAUAUAUCAGAUAUUAUGAAACAGAGAAUAUUUGAUGGAUACGGUUUUGAUCCUACAUUGAACAAGAAGAUAGUUGGCAGUGGUAGUUUGUACGCGUUUUGGUCGUUCUUCGAGGGAGUAACACAACUGGAGGACACGCGAGAAGACAGUGAAUUGAGGUUUAAGAACGGUGUCCUGUCCUUACUGGGUUCAGAAUCUCAUGAGUCGCGUCAAGAGCAGAUGGGCGCGCGGCCGGCACCAUACGUGUACGUGAGCGCUGAGCGCAGCAAGUGUCAGGAGAUAUGCAGGUGGCCUAAUUCCCGGCCUGGGCGGUAUGAUGAUGGGUGUGAUGCUAUUGUGAAGAAACUUGUCUCUUCAGGACAGCUGGACAAGGCAGUGGCAAUGACCUUGUUCUACCGUGGUAUUGAUCCUGCUAUUAGUCAACUGCAAAACAUCAUUAACGAUUUACCCCCUGAGAAUGAUGAGAAGCGUAUUCUGCUGUUAGCACUGUCUGGUUUCAAUGCUGAGAAGUGGAUACAGAACAUUAAGGCACUAGGGAAGACUGUUUCAAAUGCUUACCAGAGGGCAAUGUUCACUUUUCUAUCAACUGAGCCGGGACGCCAGGACGCGUACAGUGAGAUCCUGUACGACAGAGAACUCCUGCUAGAAGACAGAGUAGGGUUCGCAUGUAGGUUCCUCUCGGACUCUCGUCUCAAGAAGUUUGUGGACGGUCAGUGCAGUGAGGAGGUAGCUGCAGGGAAUAUACGCGCUGUAGUGCUUACUGGAUUGAAAUACCAGCUACGAGAGCUAAUGCAGAGUUACCUGGACAACACCUCCGACGUGCAAACAGUGUGUCUAGCCCUGACCAUGGCUAAACGUUAUGAGCCCAGUAUGGAAACUAUCAGUGAUACUGAUCCUACUGAUUUUAGUAAUGUGGUGAUGGAGAAUUAUCUGAGAUAUUUCGAUAUGAGGUGUAUGUGGAUAGAGAGGGCGCUGUUCCAGAACGAAGGAAAGAAACUACUGAAGAACAGAGCAAAGAUUGAGCAGCACUUGAAUGUGAUAUGUACCUGUUACAAAUCAAUAUCAGAUCGGCCCACUCUAGUAUACAACACGUCAGCUAAACAGUCACGUGCAGUAAGUGACCGUACUCCCGCCUCUAAAGAAACACAUGAUAAAAGGUUCUGUCCCUCAAAGUACUGCAAGAGUCCAAUGUUACCACGGUGUGCUCUGUGCAUGUACCAUUUGGGGACUACAUCACGGUUCCAGCCUAACCAGGCCGUAGAGAAGCGAGGUACGAUAGAAAGAAGACAAUCAGUUGUCCCAGAAGAGACGAAGAGUAACCUGACCAAUCCGCUAAAAGAGUGGUUUGUGUGGUGUUUAGCUUGUGGACAUGGGGGUCAUUCUCACCACAUCCGGGACUGGUUUGUGGAGCACAAACUCUGUCCGAGUCCAGGUUGUAAGUGUACAUGUUCUCUACUGGACAUGGCACCUCCAUUAGACAGCGUGGCACGAUAAGGGCGCGGUGCUUACUGUAGGGUGGAAAGUGGAAACUGGAGAAGGUCCUUACUACGUGGCGGAGAAGAUCCUUACUGAGUACUGCCAGUCCUAACAGACUUGAUGUCGUGGACGGUUAGAUAUGAACUAGCAUGUCAGACUUUUCGAAUUUUCUGGUGCUAACGAUCGCAUUGUUUUUUAUUAUUAGGUGAUUUAAUUGGUAAUUUACUUUAAUGAAUUGUCGGUAAUAAUCGAAGUUAUGAAUUUAUGGCGGGCAGUAUUAUUUGAUUACAGAGUUGGAAGGAAUAUUGAAGCCGAUGAUGACCGUGUGAUUUAAAACUUGAUGAGAUAACUAAGUAAGCUUGAAAGAAAGUGCAGUAACAUGGGAGUUGGGACUUUUUUAUAAUUUACUCAUUAUUGGGAAGCUCCAUUAAUUAAUAAUAAUAAUGAUGAUAUUUUAUGUUCUCUUUCUAAUAUUAAUUUAUUCAUUUUUAACCUUUAAUUUUGUAAUGAUGUGAAGCCUUUUUGUGGGAUCUACAGAAGAUAUGACUGUGCGUGUGUGUCGAUGUUUUUAUUUACAGUUUUCGAUUCCGAUUGAUUUCGUGGUUUUCAAUGUUGCGAUGUUUGUAUGAGUUGAAAACCGUGUAUUUUAUGAUAAAUUAGGUACGAAUUACUUUUGUUAUUCUGAGAUGAAAAUAUGAAAUUUUGCUUUUCCAUGA